CCGCCCCUGCGGGGAGGCCGGCCGAGGCCCCCGCCCUAGGCCCGGCCCGACUCCGACGCAGGCCGAGGGGCAGGGCCUCCGCCGGCUGCGCUCGCUCGGCGCCGCCAUGCCCAAGGUGGUGUCCCGCUCCGUGGUCUGCUCCGACACCCGGGACCGCGAGGAGUACGAUGACGGCGAGAAGCCGCUGCACGUUUACUACUGUCUGUGCGGCCAGAUGGUGCUGGUGCUGGACUGUCAGCUGGAGAAGCUGCCCAUGAGGCCUCGAGACAGAGCUCGGGUGAUUGAUGCAGCCAAACAUGCCCAUAAAUUCUGUAACACAGAGGAGGAGGAAAAUGUUUAUCUCAGAAGACCAGAAGGUAUUGAGAGGCAGUACAGGAAGAAGUGUGGAAAGUGUGGACUUCUGCUCUUCUACCAGCACCAGCAGAAGAAUGCCCCAGUUACUUUCAUUGUCGAUGGAGCUGUGGUCAAGUUUGGCCAGGGCUUUGGGAAAACAAACAUAUACACUCAGAAACAAGAGCCUCCCAAAAAGGUGAUGAUGACCAAACGGACCAAAGACAUGGGCAAGUUCAGUUCAGUCACGGUCUCCACCAUUGAUGAAGAGGAGGAGGAGAUUGAAGCACGAGAGAUUGCAGAUUCCUAUGCACAGAAUGCUAAAGUGAUUGAGAAGCAGCUGGAACGCAAAGGCAUGAGCAAAAGGAGGCUGCAGGAACUGGCUGAGCUGGAAGCCAAGAAAGCCAAGAUGAAAGGAACCCUGAUAGAUAAUCAGUUCAAAUAAAAGGAACCCACAUCAGAUCAUGCUCAGGCAGCUGACUAUUUGGAGAGGGAGGAUAACCAAGAGCAACUCCUGAGACUCCCAACAGAGAAUUCAGUCAACCCUGCAGAUCUUAAGUACAACUUUUAAGAGCCAUGCAUUGAAACCAGCUUGGAAGGUACCACUGUCUCUGCUAGAGGCUGUACUUUGAUCUCUGGUAUUUUAAUACACUGAAGGACUUCCAGGACUUUUUUUAAAUUACACUUCUGUGCACUCCCGAGUGUUUUGCCUGACUUUUGGGGUAACAUCUGUUCCAGGGGAAACCCUCUGCCAGGUGUGUGCAUGGAAUUAAGACACUGUUACAAAAGAUCAGUGUGUGUUAUUUUCAGAUGUACAUAAGGUAUUUACUGGACUCUUAGAUGUUUAGGUAAAGCAAUAAUCUAUGCACAGCAAAUAAAUCCCUUAUAAAGUAA